AUGGCCGACCCCCUCGACGACGACGAGGAUCCGGAAGCCGCCAUGCGCGCCUACAUGGAGAAGACGAAGAUCAAUAAGGACAAGGGCGGUCCCCGCAGGACGUUGGUCGAGCGCGCGUCCGACAACACGCAGGGCGGCGCCGACGCCUUCAAGCAGAGCGAAAGGAUCAUCAAGUCGACGCAAGCCAUGACCGACGGCCUCAAACUCAAACGAAAAACAGCGGCCGACGAGAUGGAGGCCGACUCCAAAGAGAUGGCUAGGUUAGACAGAGAACUCGACGAGUUCCGAAGGAAGUACGACGCGGUCUGCCAGUCCUAUGAUGAUAAUGUGGCGAAACGGAACCACCUUCGAGCGACGCUCGCCGACGCGAAGCGGCAGAUGGACGACAUGCAAACUACCUGUGGCGAGUGGGCGGCGCGGAACCGACGAGACCAGUACAAGUUCAACUCCAAGCUUGUGAGUGAAGAGUUACGGGAGCUGCGGGGGUAUUCUGUGGAGCCGGGGUCCACGUGCACGCGGAAGGAGGCGCAGUCGCGGACGCGGACGUCGCGCACAUUGCAGACGAACCGGGAGCAAUCUCAACAGGACCAACUGGCGGAGCUCAUGCGGCAGACGAAGGCGAAGGCUCGCGCCUUGGCGAAGGGUAAGAAGUAG